UUUCGCAAGUGAGCAGCGUUCAAACACCAAGAAGGAAGGGAAAGUUGUGUGCAAGUUCGCUUUUAAAAGAAGAAGAAAAAUGGCGUCUGGUGGCAUGGUAAUCGUGAAAUAUCUACUCUUUAUCUUCAACUUUAUAUUUUGGCUAAGUGGUUUGGCACUGAUCAUUGUUGGUGCUMUUGUCAAGAAGGAGUAUGGGGAUUUCUUGAAAGUGUCYRACACUUCUAACUUUGCAUCAGCUCCAGUGUUUUUGAUUGUAGUUGGUGUAAUUGUGGCUGUUGUUGGAUUCCUGGGAUGCUGUGGAGCCAUCAAGGAAAACUACUGCAUGGUGACAACUUUCAAGUGCUGUGGAUUUGAUAAAGGACCACAAGACUACACAGACAAUGGUGAAAAAGUUCCAGCUUCCUGUCCCUCAGCUUCAAAUUCCACACAAGUAAAGAACUGUGUCAAGGGACUUGAACAAAAUUUGAAAUCGCAUCUUGUAAUUAUUGGUGGUGUUGGUGUUGGUAUUGCAUUUGUCCAGCUUGUUGGAAUCCUCUUUGCCUGCUGCAUGAUGAGAUCCAUCAAGAAAGAGUAUGAGGUCGUGUAAUUCUUGUAGUCUAAUAUUUGCAGUCAUAUUCACCAUAAAGUUCUGUGAGCUUGGUGAAGGGGUAGUACCUUUAAUCACAUAAUUGUUCUUYCUUUAAUGUAUUUUCAUGUAGUCCAGAGAGUCAUUCUCUUAAAUGAUUCUUUAGAGUGUCAAAUUAUAAAGUUUAAAUAAGGGAUGGGUCAUAUUUGCAUAGUCAGUAUAUCAGGUCGAUCAGGUUCUUGUUACUUWGACGGGCUUUGACUCCAAUCAUUCUUAUAAGUCAUGUCAGUAGCCAGAACCUCAGCCCUAAAGCGUAACCAUAGUCCCUUUCAGUCAUGCAAUCUCCCUUCAACAAUCGCCGUUCUCACCGACAACGUUUUUUUAAAAAAAUAGGCGUAUGUAAUCUAUCUUACAUCAAAUCUUUGAAAAAUCGUCCCUCUGAUUUCUUUACUCAGUAUUCAUUUUUGGUACUCAGAGUAUAGUGUCAACAGAACACUAUUCUCUAUUUUUUUGUGCUUAAAGGUACUCCGCUGUUUUUCGAAAGAUUUGUACUAUCAUUUGUACUGAGAASCUCGCUAAAAAGUGUUUAAUUCAAACUGAUUUAAAUCUGUAUAACUUGUAUAGUGCAUUGUCAUAUAAAUCAAACUUGUUUUCGCAUAGCUUAGCUUCUAUAAAUACGAGGAGUGACUUAUAACGAUAAAGAAAAACAACUUUAUACUUUUAGURUGUCUAGUUUCGYGUUAUCAGYGUCUUUCRAGGCACCRCAGCAGUUAUCGCUGAGUUCYAWCUCAUCGAGACCGAGCUCCAACAACUCCUYAUUAACUGUUAAUAUUGAUUGCUUCCAUACUUGCACUAUCGUUAAAUGUUGUAAAGUCUAGGGGAAUAAAUUAAUUAAAUUAAUUUUGUUUGUGAA